UCGAUGCUGUAGAGGAAGAAAAGCUCUCUGAUCUGUUUGACAAAGAUGUUUCUUUGAGACGAAAUCUUUGUGCACUUGCUGUAGAAACAACUGCAACAAUGGAAGCCUCAGAAACCGAUUUACCUUCAUUAAGUGAUCAAGAAAUUCGAGAUCUUUGCUUUGAGUAUAUUCAAGAUUACUACUGUUACGGAUCCAAAUUUAUUAGCGAUAUGAUUCUUACCGAUAUCAAGACGGAAUUCAUUUAUCAUUAUAGGUUGGAGUCAUUUACAGAGAAGAGGGAAAGUUCUGAUGCGGCAUAUCCAUACUAUGGUCAGCCAGUAGAUGGAGCUGAAAACGGCAGGGCUCCAGGAUUGUGGGAUAUUCCUAUAGGUGCUCCGAAAUGGUUCACUGAGGAAAAGAGAAGCGCUGAAAUUCCUCAUACCUCGUAUGUGAAAACAUGCGGAAGAUGUAAUGGGACCAAGAAAGUGACCUGCCCAAGAUGCAUUGGAACUGGAAUGGCAAAAUGUCCUACUUGUUCUGGUAAGGGUAAAGAUAGUGAAGACAAUUUUUGUACAGAGUGCCGUGGUAAGGGGAAAAUCAGCUGCUGGUUAUGCAGCAAAACAGGUUCGGUCUCGUGCAAAACUUGCAGCGGCACUGGAAAACUGAAGCACCAAAAGCAAUUAGACGUGACAUGGAGAAUCCAUCCUGAAGACUUUUUUACGAAUACAUAUGCUUUGCCAAAACUGUACCUCCUUGAAGCUGAAGGAAAAGAAAUUCUUAGGCAAGAGGGACAAACAGUUCAGCCAAUCAAUUUUGAACAGAACGCUGUCUUAAAUGAAGGGUCAGUAGCAUUAAUAGCAAAACACAACUCAUCCUUUUCAGAUGAAAAAAUCCUAGCCCAGAGGCAUUAUCUUCGUAAAAUUCCCCUUACAAAGGUGAUGUAUGCCUGGAGUGCGAAGAGGGGAGAAUUUUAUAUCUAUGGCUUUCAAAAUAAGGUCUAUUUUGAACACUAUCCUCAACAAUGUUGCUGCGUUCCUUGUUGACAUUCUAUUACGAGCAAUGAAAUUACUUGAUUAAAUCUCCAUCCACUAAUUUGAAGAUAAUCUCCAGCUGAAUGUUAUUUUAUUAUUUAACUGAAAAUAGGUUUAUUGUAAUUUUGAAUCGCAGUCAUUUUUUUAAAAAAAUGCGCAUUAACAUCAGUUUUCUUGCAAAUAAUAAGCUGAUGUGUAACUCUCUUAAUCUUAAGAAAUGAAAAUCGCAUCUUAAUUAUACGCUUAAACGCUGUCUCAUUAUGACUUUUUAAAUUAAUGCAACUUACUGUCUAAUUAAUACAAUAUAUCCAAACCUAUAAAAUUCUUUACAAUAUAUGUUACUAUAUAAUUCGAAUUCAUAUUUAUGUAAUCACUAUACAGAUAUAUUCUUUUAAAAAGUGAUAUAUUUCCUUUUUUUAAAAAAUUCAUGUUUUUAAAGGUAAAU